AUGUCAUCGCUUGUUGUUUCGGGAAUCGCUCCAUUUUUGGAUUUCGCCGGCCUAUCGAUGUUCGUCGAGAAAAUCUCCAUUUACUUACUCAUUGGUGCCACGUUUUAUUUUUCACGUAUUACCAAGCAAGACAACGACAUCAAGCAUAAUUCCGACCCUUCUACACGUGAUACCACGUUUAAUGAAAUUCUUGCCAAUCGUGACGCCAGGUUCUUAACCGAACUCACCGAUUACCGUGCCAAAUUUAACGCUGAACUUACCUCACGCGAUGAAAGCUUUACAGCGGAGGUCCAAAGAAUCUUGAUAAUGUUGAAUACUUCUACUGCGAGACUUGAUGAGAUCGAACAAGUUCUUCAAAAUUACCAUAACAAUUUUGGUAGAGUCGCAACCGAAUUCGAAUCAAUCAAUGCUUCUAUCGUAACUCUCCAAACGAAAUCAAUCGGCAUUAUGCUCUUGUCCAAAGAAUCGAACCUAUUGAGGAAGCAGACCAAUCCGAAGCUUCUUUG